ACCUCUCCCUUCCCACUGGCAUGUCACCCAAGUCCGUCCUUCGGCAGGGGAGAGGAGGGGAUGAGUGCCGCUUCCUGGGUGGCUGCCUCCCCGUUCUCUCCGCUGCGGCAGUGGUUCGAGAUUUUAAAUGGGCCCCGAGGUAAACGCUCUCUGGGUACGCACCUGUGGCGCCCCUGCCGCAGCGCAGUCUCUGUUUGGAGGCUUCCCAUGUAGCUAGGAGGCGGCGCGGCUGCUGUUUGCUCUUACUGCCGGCAGAAGGCGCUGUGGGGGCCGGACCUGCGGGGAGGCCGCCAGCCCGAGUGUCUUGGAAGGAGCCUGUUCCCAGAGUGCACUCCGUGUCCACAAAGCAACAGCUGGGCAGCUGCGGAGGAGCCGGGACCUUGAGCCGAGCUUGGCUAGGUUUGGGACCAGGUCGCAGCGGCUGCGGAGGCGGAAGCUGCGCAGCUCGGGGCCGGGCCUCCGGAGCUCUUAGCGGCCCUCGGGUCCCUGGCCCCGCGCCCUUCCUCGGCUGACCUCCCUAACGCAGGCCCCGGAGCUCGGGCCGAGCCGGCCGUAGAGACUCCCAGCAGGUGCCGGGAGCGAAGCGAGAGAAGGAAGGAGGAAUAGGGGAAGGAGAAGAUCCGGACACUCCGGAGCCCGCUCGCCCGCGCCUCAGUCUCCUCGGGGCCAGGGCACGAGACCGAAGGCCAUGGCUGAGGCGGCGCCUGCUCCGAUUCCAGAAUGGGAAUCAGAGUGCACCACUUCUCUGCAGUCCCUCCCACUGCCAAGUGAGGCCCAUCUGCAGACAGCAGCCAUUUCCCUAUGGACAGUUGUGGCAGCAGUUCAGGCUGUAGAGAGAAAGGUGGAGGUGCACAGCCGACGGCUUCUGCAUCUGGAAGGGAGGACAGGAGCAGCGGAGAAUAAACUGACUAACUGUGAAAAAACAGUGGCAGACCUUGGGAACCAGCUGGAGGGAAAAUGGGCUGUGCUGGGGACCCUGCUCCAAGAGUAUGGGCUGCUACAACGAAGGCUAGAAAACAUGGAGAACCUGCUGAGAAAUAGGAAUUUCUGGAUCCUCCGUCUUCCCCCAGGUAUUAAAGGAGAUAUCCCAAAGGUGCCAGUGACGUUUGAUGAUGUCUCCAUCUACUUUUCUACUCCAGAGUGGGAGAAAUUAGAAGAAUGGCAGAAGGAACUUUAUAAGAACAUAAUGAAGGGCAACUAUGAGUCCCUCAUCUCAAUGGAUUAUGCUAUGACACAACCAGAAGUUUUGUCCCAAAAUCAACCAGAGUCAGAACAUAAUGCAGAGAACCAGGUGAGACCAGAUGGGAGUGAGAUGACUGCAGAACCCAGUGAUGAGCCAGGCAUUUCUACAUCAGAUAUUCUCUCCUGGAUUAAACAAGAAGAAGAACCCCAAGUGGAAGGUCCGCAGGCAACUGAAGAAAGUGAUAUAUACAAAGGCACCUAUGCUGAUGAUGAGCUUGCCAUCAAAGCUGAAGGCCUUGCUGGAGGCCCAUUGUGUUCAGAUGCUCAGGUUACUUCUUCUAAUGCACCAGGAGUGACAAAUGAUGCUUUCCAGGAUGCAGCUUUCAAGAGCCAGCAUCCUCCACCUGUACUACCCUCUGGACCUCCAGUUAACAACCCCCUUGAACCUCUUGGGGGACAGGCUAGUUUCACUCAAUUGGGCAACCUUACCCUACCCACCCCAUCUGGAGAGCAACAACAACACUUCCCUUGUCGUCGUUGUGGCAAGAAUUUUAAUGAGAAGGAAAUGCUGCAGGACCACCAGAGUAGUCAUGCUGGUGAGCGUCCCUUUGCCUGUGCCCAGUGUCCUAAACGCUUUGCCCAGCAGGCCAACCUCAGUAACCAUGCCCGUGUGCAUACAACCGAGAGGGCUCAUACCUGCCCACAUUGCUCCAAGAGCUUUGUGCACCCCUCUCGGCUUACCUAUCACCUGCGUGUCCACAGUGGUGAACGGCCUUUUCCAUGUCCAGAAUGCCCCAAACGUUUUGCUGACCAAUCCCGGCUCACCAGUCACCGACGUGGCCACUCAGGUGAGAGACCAUUUCGCUGUGCUCAGUGUGGUCGGAGCUUCAGCUUAAAGAUUAGCCUUCUGCUCCACCAACGGGGCCAUGCCCAGGAACGCCCCUUCUCCUGCCCUCAGUGUGGCAUUGACUUCAAUGGCCACUCGGCACUGAUCCGCCACCAAAUGAUUCACACGGGCGAGAGACCCUACCAGUGUGGUGACUGUGGCAAGAGCUUCAUGCGUAAAGAGCACCUGCUGAACCACCAGCGGCUACACACCGGUGAGCGUCCCUUCCACUGUGCCCACUGUGGCAAGAGCUUCAUUCGUAAGCACCACCUGAUGAAGCACCAGCGGAUCCACACAGGCGAGCGGCCCUAUCCCUGUCCCUGCUGUGGCAAGAGCUUCCGCUAUAAACAGACACUCAAGGACCAUUUGCGGGCAGGCCAUGAUGGAAGCUGCAGUGGUGAUGGAGACGUCCCAGGGCAGCCACCAGAUCCUCCUGGCCUCCUCUUACCAGGGCUUGAACCCACAGGCUUAGGAAUUGGAGCUGAUGGCCUAGAGGCCAACCACUGGUAUGGGGAGGGUGGCGGAGGGGGUGUUUUGUAA